AGUGCGGAGCCUUGGGAAGUCAACAGGAGGGUCCGGAGAGUCACAACUAAACCACCAGCAAACCAUUCCUUUAGACUCUGGCAGUCAGAUUUUACUCGAUCUAAUGAGAUUGUGACAUUACACGGAAAUUGCACUGCGUCUCCACCUGGGCAGCCUGAGACGCAGAGCUGAUGGAGAGAGGCAGGGCUGAGUGCGGAGCCCGUCCGGAGCGCUGUUGAGCAGAGAGUCCAUUCAGCACAUUCUGCUGACAGGGAGCGGUCUGCUUUCUCGCACGACCUGUGUGAAUUAUCAUAUUGUUUUAAGUAUAAGUGAUUGUUUCUGCAAAGGGGAAACUAAAAGACAACCAGGAUUUCUUUUUUUUCGGAAUGGGGAUGUAACCGAUUUCCACAUGCACUUGGAAGUGGCGUGAGGUUGCCUCCAGAUUGAGAAAAGCAAACUGCAGGGGCUUGUGGUUAAUUGAAAUCGAUCCGGUAGUCUUUUUUUGAAUGUGAAGCAGCAGCAGGGGUUCUUUCUUCUCUCACUUCCAACAUGACUUCACUGUCGGGGACCAAGGAGAGGUCUGUGAGCAGCCGGAGCAGAAAAUAUGGGGUGCCCGACACGUCCCCGACCAAAUCUGCCUCCUUUUUCCCGGACACAUGGUACCGUAAGCCCUACGAGGAAAACACCCGCUCCGGGACACGGCCCACUCCAGAGGGGGCCGGAUCAAUGCCAAGCUCCACAGGCACCCCGUCCCCAGGCUCAGGAAUCUCCUCCCCAGGGUCCUUCUCUGGAUCCCCAGGGACCAUCUCUCCGGGGAUAGGGACAGAAUCGCCUGGUUCUCUGGGUGGCUCCCCAGGUUUUGGGACAGGAUCUCCGGCUUCAGGCAGUGGAAGUUCCCCUGGUAGUGAAAGAGGGAUAUGGUGUGAGAACUGCAACGCAAGGCUGACAGAGCUAAAAAGACAAGCUCUCAAACUGCUCAUCCCUGGACCUUACUCCACCAAGGAUCCCUCUGUCUCUCUCCUCCUUCACGAUAAGCUUCAAGUGCCCAACAGUUCUCGGCGGGCGUGGAACGAGCGUGACAGUCGCUGUGAUGUCUGCGCCACUCACCUCACUCAGCUCAAACAGGAAGCUGUGCGCAUGGUCCUCACUCUCGACCAGUGGGAUUUGUCCCCCCCCUCUUCCCCUUCGGCCCUCAUCGGACGCUAUGGACCACCGGGUCCUAUGGGAGCAUCCGGGGGUCCUGGGUCACGGGACUGGAUUCCUCCUUUUCUCCCUUCUUCCUCCUCCUCCUCCUCCUCCUCAGCCGCUGCUGCCAUCUCACACCCGUCCUCCCAGUCGCCUUCCCCAAGCCCCAGCCACGGACUAUCCAACCCCAGCCAUGGGAGCCCCUCUGUGGGGCAAACAUCUGGCUGUGCUCCCACAAACCAACAACCUCAAGGCCAAGGGCACAGACUGGGGUCUAAACCCAGCUCCCUGGGGCUUGGUGGUGGGGGGGACAGAAGGGUUGGGUCCCCCAGUUUGGGAAAGUCUGUUGCCCAACAGCAACCAGUGACUGGAGUAAACAGCCCAGGCCAUAAUAGCGGAGCAGUCCUGAGCACAGCAGCUCUGCAGGCCCAUCAGCACCUGACCCGCACCAAUGGAGGAGUUACACUCUAUCCCUACCAGAUCUCCCAGAUGAUCUCUGAGGACUCCAGAGAAGGUUUGACCGAGGCUGCCCUGAACCGCUACAACACAAACUCCCCUUCACACACAAACUCUCCUUCACACACAAACUCUCCCUCUCACACGGCGUCUGUAACCGCGGCGGCGCCGACCACCACCUCUGCUGCUGCCUCUUUCUUCGCCAGAGCUGCACAAAAGUUGAACUUAGCUUCCAAGAAGAAGAAGCAGAAGACCACCGCAGUUACAGCCCCAGUGACAUCAUCAACGCCGUCAUGUGACCCCCCUCUGUUCCCCACCAACUUUAGCUCCGCCCUGUUGAUGGCCCCCCCGCCGGCUCCACCCUGCCUUCUGCGUGCAGCCAACAAGAUCAAAGAUACCCCUGGACUGGGAAAGGUGAAAGUGAUGGUGCGCGUGUGUCCAGUGUCUCAGUCGGACGCAGCUGAGUCCAGUUCCUUCCUUAAAGUUGAUCCCAGGAAGAAGCAAAUCACCAUCAUGGACCCGUCAGCCAAUCAGACACAAAGCGCUGCCUCCACGAAGAAGGCAGCAGCCAAUCAGGUUCCUCCAAAAAUGUUCACCUUUGAUGCUGCGUUCCCUCCUGAUGCAUCACAGGCGGAGGUGUGCGCGGGAACGGUUGCCGAGGUGAUUCAGUCGGUGGUGAACGGAGCAGAUGGCUGCGUCUUCUGCUUUGGGCACUCCAAGCUGGGUAAAUCCUACACCAUGAUUGGCCGAGAUGACUCGCUUCAAACUCUGGGAAUAAUCCCAUGUGCCAUCUCCUGGCUGUUUAAGCUCAUCAAUGAGAGGAAGGAAAAAACCGGAGCUCGCUUCUCAGUGCGCGUCUCUGCAGUGGAGGUUUGGGGAAAAGAGGAGAACCUUAAGGACCUGCUGUCUGAAGUCGCUACAGGAAGCCUACAGGAUGGACAGUCACCUGGAGUCUACCUGUUUGAGGACCCCAUCUGUGGCAUGCAGCUCCAGAACCAGUCUGAGCUGCGUGCUCCGACCCCAGAGAAGGCCGCCUGGUUUCUGGAUGCAGCCAUAGCAGCUCGCCACAGCAGCCAGCGGCCAAACACCACCGAAGAAGAACACAGGAACUCACACAUGCUGUUUACACUACACAUAUACCAGUAUCGCAUGGAGAAGACCGGCAAGGGAGGGAUGUCAGGGGGUCGCAGUCGCCUCCACCUGCUGGACCUGGGCAGCUGUGAUGUCAAAGUGCUCGGAGGAGGAGGAGGAGGAGGAGCGGGAGGUGGGAAUGGAAGGGAGAACUCUUCGCCCAGCUCGGCCCCUCUGUGCCUUUCUCUGUCCGCCCUCGGCAACGUGAUCCUGGCCCUGGUGAACGGGAGCAAACACAUACCUUACAAGGACAGCAAGCUGACCAUGUUGCUAAGGGAGUCGCUAGGCAACAUGAACUGCCGGACCACCAUGAUUGCUCACAUCUCUGCCUCACCCAGAGAUUUCUCAGAAACGCUUUCCACCAUCCAGAUUGCUUCCCGUGUCCUCCGCAUGAAAAAGAAGAAAACUAAAGUCACAGUGCAAUACACGUCCAGCUCCUCUGGAGGAGAGAGCUCCUGCGAGGAAGGUCGCAUGCGUCGACCGACUCACUUGCGACCUUUCCAUCACCGUGGUGACACCGACUCUGACCUUCCCUUGCUGCGACUGUCCAGCGACCCUGAUGAAUAUUCGAGCAGCGAGCAGUCAUGUGACACGGUGAUCUACGUGGGUCCGAAUGGAGCUGCGGUGUCCGACAGAGAGUUAACGGACAACGAGGGGCCGCCAGAAUUUGUACCAAUAAUUCCUGCUUUGCUUCGAGGGAAAACAUCAGAGCCGCUCCAAACACAGCCAGCUGGAGCCCAGAACAAGCUCCAACAGGUGGAGCCAGAGGAGCCAGGCCCCCCCCAGCCUCAGCCCUCUCUGCUGGGACAGCCACUGGCCCCCGUCCCAGAGGAGGCAGCUGAGUGCCUGAAGUGCAACACAUUUGCUGAGCUGCAGGAGAGACUGGACUGCAUCGAUGGCAGCGAGGAGGUUGCAAAGUUCCCAUUUGAAGAGGUUUCAGCGGGCAAACCAGGCCCAAAACAGGAGCCAUGUCCAUCUUCAGCUGUCCCAUCUGCAGCUGUCCCGUCCUCAGCUGUCCCGUCUGCAGCUGUCCCGUCCUCAGCUGUCCCGUCCUCAACUGUCCCGUCCUCAACUGUCCCGUCCUCAGCUCCCGCUGCGCCUGGCUCUGCUGCUGCGUUGGAUACAGAAGCCAAAACAGGCUCUGCUGCAGGAGGCGCAGUGCAGUUCUUUUCCUCGACAGUAACCACUUCCAGAAGGAGGACCAAUGACCAGCAGCUGCAGGAUAUUAAGGAGGUGGUGGAGGAGGCAGAGCUGGCCCAGACCAUGAUCCACAGCCUGGCUCAGAGUUCUGGUUCCCCCAUAGUAACCAGCACCAGGAACGUCACAGGGAACAGCUGCAUCACCUCGAGCCCCCUGCACAGGACCAAGAGCUGCAUGCAUGACAGCCAUGAGAGUCUGAAUAUGGGCACUGAUGGGAAGGCCCGUCCAUUGGGAUCACCGCGCCUCGGCAUCGCCAGCCUGACCAAAACCUCAGACUACAGGCCUCCGUCCUCCCCGUCCCAGCGCUGUAAAGUGUACACCCAGAAGGGCGUGAUGCCGGCGACUCCUCCUCUGUCCUCUUACACUCUGGCUCAGGAUGGCCAGGGCACAGAAGUGUUGACCUCCGACAACAGUUUGGCUGCAGACAGCGGCCGCUCCUCCACGGACUCCAUGCUGUCCAGGACUUCUCCGGUGGGCAUGAGUCCACAAGUCCGAGAGCCAGCUCAGUCUCUGUCCGCCAGCCUGGGAUCAGCAGAGACGCUCUGUGACGACGAUGUCCCUCCGAUCCCCCUGGACACGCUCAGAGAUGCCUCAGGGCUGGCACUAUCUGUAGGAACAGUUGGACCUCUCUCGCGCGGGGAGGAUGAACUGAUGUAUGCUGUGGUUUUUGGAGGUGAAGAGGACCUUGUUGUUACAGCUAUAAUGGACACUCAGGAUCUGACCUGUCGUCCAACGAGCAUCAUGAGCUUCAAGAGCGACUGCUGCUCCGUCACUUCCCUCGCCUCGGGCCACGGUUCUGCUGAGGGUGGAGCUGUGGAGGAUUAUCACAUGCCUGCAGGGCCUGCAACCACCUCAGGGGUGGCAGAGGUGGCCAUGGCCAAGCUGCGGAUCGAAGGCGAAGCUUUAGCCACAGUGAUAUCACGCUGUGGUUCACCCAUUUCCUCCUGGAUGAGUGACCUGAGCAUGGCCAGUGAGGCCGACCAGUCCCUCCACAGCUUCAGUCAGUCCCAGAGCCAGCAAGGGGAGGCCCUGGCUGAACCUGAGCCCGCCCAGAGCCAGGUGCUCGGGGCGGAGGGGCCAGGUGGGUACGAGAGCUGUGGCAGCCCGAGAAGAGGGAGUCUGGACGGAGAGGUGGUCCUGUCAGAAAACACGUGUGAUAAGGCAACCCCAACGAAAGACAGGUGGAGGAAACUGCCCCCCUCCAUGGCUAAAACUAACAUCCAAAUCCUGGCCGGACCGGGGUACUUCUCCCCCUUCAAGCCCAGCAUCAGUGUGCACCCCUGUGUGGCUGUCAAACCCAUGGUCAUACAGGAACCAACCAUCCUGUCUUCACCCACCAAGGCCAGCCUAAUGAAAGACAAAUUCACUGCACCACUUCUAGCUUCUAUUUCCAGUGAUAUGAGCUUUGAGGACCCCUGGUUGAAGCGUGGCAUGGAGGAGAGGAAGUCCAGGGAGCUGGUGUGUGAAGUGAAGCCGGAGAAGAGGGAGGUCGAGCUUUCAAAGGGCCAGACUGGAGCUGUGACAGGAGACCAACGAGGGUUCUGCAAGGAUGGUGGUUAUCGUGGCGGCUGUAGUCCAGGUGUUGUUGAGGUUGUGUCGUCUCCAGAUGCCUUUAAGAGGGUGGUGGACGGCUGUGAGAUGGUGGUGGUCGCUCCUCAGGGAGAAUGCCUGACUGGUUUCUACAGCCCAGACGUCCACCGUACAGCCAGCCUCCCCCGCGGCUGGCACCGCCUCAACCGCCACGACGGCCUGGACAUUGGGACGGAGUACCGACAUCUUGGAGUCACCUCUUCCACUCCCUGCAGUCCCAGAGCCACACUUGACCGCAGAGGAUCAACGGGGAAACAGGGCUUUUUCUCCCACAGGAAGGGGGGGAUCCCACCGCUGCCACCGAUAAGGAAGUCCAGUCUCGACCAGAGGAACCGAGCAGUCAGCCCUCUCCCCCAGCCCAGCUAUGGAGGCUUGUUUCUGGACAGCUCAGCAGAUGAUGCAGAAAUCUCCAGACUACGAGGCUCCAGCAUAGACAGCAGCAGACUUUUCAGCGCCAAGUUGGAACAGCUUGCAAACAGAACCAACUCUCUGGGUCGGGUGAACAGCUCCCACAGUGGAUCCCACCACUAUGACUGCUUCUCUCUGGAGAGAGGGGGGAGCCUGAGAGGGGGAGGAGGAGUAAAGGGGGACAGCACCAUGCCUCGUACUGGGCGCAGCCUGACCCGGGCUGGAUCAGUAUCUUCUCCCACUGGAAACGCUGGCAGCCCCGGUUUCAGCGCCAGUCCCAGCAGCGCCCCGCAGUCACCCGCCAAAUCCAGCGGCCAGUCAAAGAUCUCAGCGGUCAGUAAGCUGCUGAUGACCAGCAGUCCCAAAACCAGGAGUCUGUCUUCGUCCAGCACCAAAACGCUGAGCUUCUCCACCAAGUCUUUGAGCCAAGCCUCCAGCCGCAGCUCCAGCCUUCCCCCUAUUGGAAAGCCCCAGAGCUUGGUCCCGCCCACUCCUCAGCCGCAGCCGCAGCAGCAGCAGCAGCAGCAGCAGCAGCAGCAGCAGCAGCAGCAGGGACCCUCCCCUGUGUCCUGGUCCACCCAGUCUCUGAGUCGCAGCAGGGGGGUAAGCCUGUCUGCCAAGCUGCCUCUCCGGGCUGUCAACGGUCGAAUCUCAGAGCUCCUCCAGGGAAGUGCAGGCUCUCGUUCCAGGAGUCAUGCCCAGGGAGGAGGCACUGAUCCAGCAGAGGAGAGAGGAGCUGCAGGGGCAAGUGGAGGGGGAGCUGUAGCAGUAAGUGGGGGUAGUGGUGGAGGUGCAGGUGCAGGUAGCAGCGUGGGGGGGGAGGAGAAGGCAGCUGUGGUCCAAACGCUGCCCUCCCCCUACAGCAAGAUCACAGCGCCCAGAAAGCCCCAGCGCUGCAGCAGCGGCCAUGCGAGCGACAACAGCAGCGUACUGAGUGGAGAGCUCCCCCCGGCCAUGGGGAAGACGGCCCUGUUCUACCACAGCGGGGGCAGCAGCGGCUAUGAGAGCAUGCUGAGAGACAGCAGCGAGAACACAGGAAGUACGUCCUCCGCCCAGGACUCCCUCAGUGAGCACAGCUCGGCUACCACCUCCUCCAGGCGGAGCUCCAAGAGCAGCAAGAAGAGCAGGAGCAACACAGGUCUGCAGCGUCGUCGUCUGAUCCCAGCGCUGACCUUGGACUCUUCCUCCUCCUCACCCUCUCACCGCUCCUCCAAGCAGGCCGUCACUUCAUCUUCUUCGUCCUCCUCUAGCCCAGGUGCAUGCUGGGUAGAUGGCCCACUGGGGCCCCCGGCUCCCUCAAACCUCCGGGGCCCGCCUGCCACGACAGAAACCUUCGAGAUCAAGGUGUACGAGAUAGAUGACGUCGAGCGACUGCAGAAGAGGAACAAAGGAGGGAGCAAGGAGGUGGUGUACGUCAGCGCCAAGCUGCGGGUGUUGGAGAACCGUCAGCAGAGAAUCACUGAAGUCAGAGCAAAGUACCAAUGUCUGAAGAAAGAGCUGGAACAAACCAAGCAGCACCUGAUGCUGGAGCCGCACAAAUGGACCAGCGAGUUUGAGAUACAGCCGACCCACGAAGUGGACUCGCUGGAGUAUUUGGAGGCUCUGGAGACCGUGACGGACAAACUGGAGACUAGAGUCAACUUCUGCAAAUCCCACCUGAUGAUGAUCACCUGCUUCGACGUGUCCUCCAGAAACCGGUAGACGAUGGAGGGACGGAGAGCUGGAGGAGAGAGAGACGCAGACACAGCUGGACUCAAUUAGACUCACUCUUUCCCCACCAAUAACUCAAACAACUUAAAAAAGAUCUUCUUAAUGGAUAUUAUUGAAUGGUUGGAAGAAGGAUACAGGGGCGGACCGACCUCUCAUCCUCCUCCAGAUGUAAGUAGCAGAAGGACAGAGAUGGAAGUAAUAGAGAUAUUUACAGAUAUUAACAGACCAGCAGACAGAUACGUUUAUAGAUUUUCUUUUCUUGGGGCUUGAAGAAAACCACCUCAGAAAUAACCUUUGAACAGCAUCUAUUGAACGGGCUACUUUGAACCAGAUGAAUAUGGCUGAAGCGGAUAUAUGGCUCUGGGUCUGAAAAGAAAGAUCAAACGUAACCAGGACAAGUUAAUAAUUAGACACCUCUAAGACUGAGUCGAACAUUUGGGAAUGUAUCGAGAGGAAAGGAGUCGAGAGAGGAACCAAAAACUGCCAUUUUUUUCUAAACAAAGCCGCCGAGGAGAAGAACAAUUUCUCCCAUCGUUUUAGAAGAGCACUUUUUAGGUUACGCAGUUGAGAGCCAUUGACUGCAGCAUGGUAUUGUUGUGCAGUUAAUAAGGAGAAAAUGACCAAGAGAAAGACAGGAGGACAAAGGAAAUGAUUUAGAUAAGUGCCUUGUGAACAAUUCAUCAAUACCAAUUAUAUUUCUCACUGAAUUUGUGUACUUGCAGUAAGUAUGGUGCUAGCAUAGAAAAAAAGACCACAAAGAUCAGUGCCCUUGGAAAAUCUUUGAAUCUAUAGCAAUCUUUGAAUGUGAUGUUCUACUGUGGGUCGAUGUUUCACUAUAUCAUAACCAAUAGUGUAUGUUUGUAUGGUCUUUGGUACACUGAUGAGAGGUGAGACUAAACUGGAUCCCUAACUAAAAUAGACCUACAGAAGAUGGACAUGGACACAUUGUCUUUUUAAAUGGUGCAAGGACCAAAAUUCCCAUAACAAAAAAAGUACAUAGUUUUUCCAGGACACAGAGAAAUGUGUGUUUAAAAUAAGAUUACAAAAACACUAGUUUCUUGUGCGGUUGUUUUUGACUUUCCCCACAAACAGAGCACAUCUGAAUGUUGACCCUCUGGGGCUUACAUACAGUACAGCAUGUCUCCCCUGAUACAGAUGUGAUGGCUUGUUCAUGUUCACAAAGCAAUGAAACGUCUGAGUCACACAGGAGAGGAAAUGGAAAUGAGUUUUCUCUGCUCCAGUGUGAAGUUCAUCCAUCGAGUGUCGGACUGACUGACACGCAGACCGUCUGUUAUUUGUAUCCGUGUUGUUCUGCUCUAUUCUAAAAGAAAAUGAAUGAUUUGUCAACGUGUGUGUUUUAUAUUAAGGUUGUCUUUUUUUAUUUGAGUGCAAUGGGACCACGUGGAGAAUAUGUAUUUUAGAAAGAGAAUACAAAAAGAGAUAUUUAAGACAAAAUUGUGAGGAAGAUGCAGGAUAAUUAUACUUCUUAAGACCUGUAUUAUUGGAACAAAGUAGUGAAUUAAAGAAUUACUCACUUGAAACUACAAUAACAAACUUUUUAUAUAAUUCCAGUUUGUCUUUUAUUUAAAGGAGACAGACUUUAUAAAAGAACAAUUUAAAAUAAAUAUAUAAAGGACUGAAAGAGAACUAAAGAAAAGGAGGGUGACCAAAUUAAAAGGCAUAGAUCUCUGCCUGGUUCCAUUUGUUUGGACGGCUAGCAACAAUUUGUUAAUAUUAUUAUCUAUGGUGCUUGAGAUGUUUAUGAUCUAAAUGUUUGUACAAAUAUAAAUAUGAAAAAGAGCCUGUUUCCCUCUAGAACCAUACCCUUCGAAUGCUUCUUCUACAUUGCUGUCCUCACGUCUGUCCUCAUUCUCCCUCUGAAGCCCUUUAGCCUGCAAGCAGAGAGCAUUCUGGGAGAUCCUGUUUGUUGUCUGAGAGGUAAAAAGAGAAAAAUAAACCGACUGUAAAGAUAUUGGUAUAACUUGUCAAAAGCAUCGUGGUGCUAAAAGUAUCUUUUUCCAGAUACAGGAAAUUAUUUUUAACGUCAUCACAACAGUCUUUCAUUUCAUUUACUGUACACCUUCAGUGACAGCAUAUGGAUAAUGCUGCAGGAAAUCAACCCUGAAACUAAGAUGCUUUUGACAGACUGGACCUAAGAAGCGAUUUCACUCGAGGUGAGGGAGGGAGCCCUGUUUCACCUCCUGCGAAGGCUUCCUGUUUUUACCUCCCAGAUCCCCCUGCCAGUCAUGAAUGAAGGUUUAUUUAUUUGAGCUCAGGAGAGAGCAGCGUCGCUUAUCAAUGUUCUUAUUUAUUUACACCUUAUGAUCUUAAAAGUUACUAUGCAUUUAAGAAAAAAAUAACUGUACAUACUUUGCUGAGCCCAUGUCAUAUAAAUAUAUAUACUGUACACAUAUCAUAUACGCUCAUUUUUAUUUGAUAUAUUUUCUGUUGGUUUUGUUUGCUCCUGUUGUUCCUGCUGGAGAUUUGAAUGGGAUUUGGGUUUGCUAAAACAUCCAGGGUAGAUGUGUUGUUCCAGAGCAAAAUGAUCAGAAUGUUUUCAUGUCAGUAUAUAAUACAGUAUUAUCUUAAGCCUUGUGAAAUUUGCAGUGGAUGUUUUGGGAACCCCAACCUCUAGAUGAGCUAAAUGGACGGUACUUGUUUCCAGAUUUAAGAUGCUAUGUGUGAGGUUUCAUCCUCGAUGCUUCACUGCCACAUUUACUGAGGAAGCCCUUUAUAAUCCUAGCAAUAAUUGUAAUGGCCCCAUAUUGUUUAUAGCUACCAUAAUAGAUCACAUUAAGCUUUCAGAAAUAAAAGCUUUUUCAUCCGAAGAAACUGUGCUAAAAGGGAUCGCUCAUUGUCAGGUGCUUUAAAUAAAUGAUCAACAAAAUGGCAUCUGUUUCAUCAGGAUUAGGGUAUAAAACACUACAAGCACGCAGUCUAAUGAACAACAUAACUGUGUCCUGCUAGAGCGUUCAAGAUGUAUGUGUUAUUUGGAAAACUUACACGUAGCAUCUUUAAGAUUUUAGGCAGAAUUGUAUGUUAAAGUAUGGAUCAGACCACAUUUCCCACAAAUUCAUUUGAUCUGUAGCAGUAAGAAAUGUUUUAAGACAGACGGGUUACAAUCUCUACCAAACUGAUUCAAACCAAUUACUGUUUCAGUUUGAAGGGCAAUCUGUUAAGAAGAAGAAAAGGGUAUUUCCUAUGAGAUUUAGCCAGCGCUAACACACUCAGUGCAAACCUGAGAAUAUGACGUGUUAGAUUUUCACUGUGUGUGUGUUGUUCAAAUGAUUAGAAACUACGAUUAUAACAUGCUCUACAGAUUUACUGUUUCUGAGAAAUGUGGUCUGACACAUUGUGUUGAUGGAAGAGCAAGAUGGAGGGAUGUAAAUAAAGAAAUGUAUUGAAAGUUUC